CCCAGUCCACCCAUUUCCCGUCCAACAUGGCGGCGUGUACUUGAUAAAGGAGAGAAUAAUCGACGCCAUUUUACCAUAAUCGAGCGAGGCAAAGAAGGAAACACACCUUAAAUGGCCCGAAAUGUGAUCCAAAAACUUGGUUGUUGCCUGUAGACUAUGUCUAGAGGCUCUUCUCAUAGAUUCCAGCCUGCUUCAGAGAGGCAUCGUGGAAGUUCGUCCCGAUUUAUCGGUUAUCAUCAGGUGGAGCUAUUUUGAAAGAUCUUAGAUACAUCCCCAUGGCCUUUAUCACAGAAGUAGGGACCAAGCACCCCAUCCAUCCCCGUACAAACGCCACCGCCGUCACAGCGAAGAUGGACUUUCACACUCAGGAAACUAUGGUGAUUUGCCCAACUAUCGAUUCCAGGAAGUAGGACUUGGAGAAUUUAAUGACUUCAGCUCUGUCAGUGAUGAAGAUCUGAAGAUUGAUAAGGACUCUGAAGCUAGCAGUAUGUACAAGCAUAAAGACAAAGUAAAAAUAGGGAAAGAACAGCCUGACAAGCACCAAAAAUUAACAGACAUGGGUGUUGCAUCAAGCACCUCUCAACCACUGGUAUCACCCCCUGUCUCUUCACAAAAAGGCGGAGCUCCAUCAUCGCCAAGGACACCUCCUCGUGGAGAGGUGGAGCAGAUAAAGCAGGAAAAAUCUGCAGAUCAGAUGCGAGCACUGGAGCAGCCAGGCCACAAUGCUGCUGCUCCAAUGAUUGAAGAUAUUUCUCCAGCAAAGCCAGCUUCUGAAGACAAGAGUAAAUCCCAGUUGUUAAGCACCAUUAGUAAAGAGGAACUGAUCCAAAGCAUGGAUAAACUUGACCGAGAAAUUGCACAAGCACAGCAACAAAUAGCCAAUCUAAAGAAAAAACAGAGCCAGUUAGAGGAAGAUGCACAACAAGCGCAGACAGAGCCACCAAAACCACCCUCCCCUCCCCCAGAGCAGAAACCCAAGAGUCUAGUGCAGGUUGUCUAUGAGGAGAAUAGAAAAAAGGCUCAAGCUGCCCAUGCCCAACUGGCCAAAUUUGGAUAUCCUCUUCCAGAUGGCAAGCCAUUGUAUAAUCAACCAUCAGACUUACCCAUCUACCAUGAAAACCUCAGAAGGGCUCCAGCUGUGAAAGCCAAACUGGUGAAAUACUUCCAGUUAAGAAAACAAGCCAGAGAAAUCAAGAAUCGACAACUGUGCAAAGAAUAUAAGUCACUCAAGAAAGCUUGGCUAAAGAAACUGCAGCGUCAGCAAAACAAUGCAAAGAGAAGGGCUAAGGAAGCAAGAGUGAGGGACUUUUAUGAAAAGAUAUUCCCAGAAAUUAAAAAGCAGCGAGAGCAAGCUGAACGGUUUUCAAGGAUGGGCUCGCGCAGCAGUUGGGGCAUAGUAGCCCGUAGUGAGGCAGAGUUUAACGAGAUUGUUGAUAAUCUGAAUGAGCAGGAAGCCAAUGAAAAGCACAUGCGCACUUUGGCUGUUGAUCCCCCUCCGAUGCUUGAUGAGUAUGAGAGGCGCCGGGUCUUUAUCAACAGAAAUGGAUUGAUACGUGAUCCCCUGGCUGCCCUGAACGAGCGAAAGUAUCGGAACAUCUGGACUGAAAAAGAGAAGCAGAUUUUCAAAGAAAAGUACAUUGAGCAUCCUAAAGACUUUGAGCUCAUUGCAGCAUUUUUGGAAAAUAAGUCUGUGUCAGAGUGUAUCCUCUUCUACUACCAGUCAAAGAAAAAGGAGAAUUACAAGCAGCUAGCAAGAAAGCAGACCCUUAAGAGACGGCGCCGGGGCGAGCAGCAGUAUAUCAACCAGCGGGAUGCUCACUCCCGAGACAAGUCCCGUGGAAAUGUUUCAGACAGCGGAGCCACUGGGCCCCAGUGGUAUGGCGCACCCGAUAGCCGCCGGGCCGAGUUCAACCCGCGCCCAAGACAGCUAGAGUUCAGGCAAAGUCGACCAGAGUCUGAUUACUUUGACGAAGAGAUGACUGAUUCAGCAGAAGAGAGUGACCGUGACGAUGACGAUGACGCAUCAAAUGCAGUCGGAUCUUCCACGACAACUCAGACCUCUUCUUCAAAUAUCCAACCAGCAAUAAGUACGGUCACCACUACAGCCACCACUGCGCCCACCGUCAUACAGCCUGCCCCGUCAUCCUCUGCGCGCCGCACAGAGCAUGCUGAGACCUCUCGUUGGACUGAAAAAGACAUGGAGAUUGCCGUACAAGGUCUGCGUGAGCACGGUCGUGACUGGGCGGCAAUAUCUCGUAUGGUGAUGACUAAAACCGAUGCUCAGUGCAAGAACUUUUACUUUAAUUACAAAAAGAAGUUUCAUCUCGAGAACGUCGUUGCCGAGUAUGAAGCAAAUAAGAUGAAUCGCGCUGCACAGAAGAUGGAGGAUAGCAAUAGCCAGUCUAGCAUGAAAAGUGUCCAGUUAGCUGGUGAAAAAACAAGUAGCGGUUGCCAAGACAGCAGUCCGGCACGGGCUCAGGCAAUCACCACCCAUAACCCAAAUGGUAAGGAAGACCUCGCCCAAACAAGCACAGACAAGAGACCUUCGACAUCUGGCUCCCCAGUGGGAAAUCCAAGCCAUCCACCAGUUCACCAGGGAAGCCCUUCUUCCAUUUCCACAACAGGCUCACCGAUAACCAUGCAUACCAGCUCAACCUUGUCACCAUGCAAGGUAAUGAACUUUGGACAAACCUCACCGCAUGUCGAGGCUGGGCCAAAAUCGGAAGCGCCACGCCCGACUUUGACCUCUAUCACUGGACUCCCGGGUGUACCCAUCUCUCAGAUGUCAUCAACGUCUGGUCUACGUAUCGCGGGUGGGCCUCAGCUUCCACCUGUCUCUCAUCCGGGCAUUCGACACUAUCAGGAUCGCGCUUUGACGUCACAGCAGGUCACUUCAUCCCAUGAUAUGCCUCGUACUUCAAUGCCUUUAGUGUCGUACCCACCUCACAUGAAGAAGUCGCCGUUUGUGGUGCACCACCCUCCAGACUCGGCCAGUAGGCAUGGCAACCAGGCACCUGAGGCCCAUCAUCACGAGCCAGGUUCAUACAAGAGUCCUCAUUCAGAAGGUAGCCGUAGGACUCCUAGUGGAGUUCCGUAUUCUUCUGGAUCUGAAGGCACAUCCAGCAAUCCGUCUGAUGCCCAGGAUGUUAUCGUUAUAGACUUUGAAGAACGACAGGGCAAUGGAAAGCGCAGAAAACAAACAGCAGACGUCACGUCUAGCAUGCUGGCUCAGAUGACUUCGCAAACUGGCCAUGGAAUGAACGCCUAUGGAAACGAUAAGCAUUCACACAUGGAUAUCACGUCGGCACGCCCCUCAAGCUUGGGAGCCCUUGCUGGUACCCAGCCUCGCUCUGAUACUCGCCCCGGGCAUAGCGAGGGUCUAAAACCACCACCACCUCUCAUCCAAGUUUCCCCAACAAGACCAUUGGGACAGAAGUCCCCAAUCGUCGAGACGCCGCGGGACCAGAGAGAGAGGUUACCACCAGGUGGUGUCCACAAGCCAGAGCCUGUAUUUGGACAUACCAAAGCCAGUUCGCAAGGCCAGCAGCAUGCUGUUGAAAUGGAAAGCAAAGCAUUACCGAUGGUAGACCUGACCAGGGAGCGUCCUGGAGGCUCACCUAUUCAGGAAGGGAUGAGAGGUCAGUCUCAACAGCAGCAUGUGGGAGAUCUAAAGAGUACAGGGCAAGCGCCCUCCGCAAGGGCUGCUCUAAAAGCCAUCGCUAUGACAGCAAUGGCCAGUGGUAAAGCACCAGAUGAACGUGAAGCAAGAGAAAGAGAGCGAGAAAAAGAACAUAAGAAACACGAGGAUCUAUGUAUUCCACCGAGGCAUCCUGACCCGAAGUUGAACUCUUACGAGCAGAACGAAGCUAUUAGGAAGUUCAGCGCUCUUCCAUCGUGCAUUCCCGUCCCACGGGAGUUUUCACCUAAUGCAGAGUACAUGUCUCAUCAUCAGUAUACCGCCAUGAUGCAGCUCCAGGCCCAAGCCCAGGCACAAGCGCUGUCUGGUGCGCAUGUACAUCCUCAAGCACGUGCACAUGCGGCAGCCGCGGUGGCGGCAGCAAACUACGGGCACCCAAUGUUCAUGAGUGGGUGUGUGCCCUACCACCACCUGGAGUACCCAGUCCUCACCCCUGUCGGCUACCAACAGCUAAGUCUGCAAGAGAUGCAACAGCAACAACACAAUGGUGAAGCGUCAUCUUCGCACAUGAAACUCAACGUCCCAUUCAGUCACCUGAGCCAGGCAAGGCCUAUAUACCACAGCAGUCUCCCAUCAACCUCAUCCAGUUAUAACAGAGUUCUGGAAGAGCUUUCUAUGAACCCUAGAGCGAGAUAUUUCGCGCACCAAGCCGCGGAAGAGAAGCUUGCACAGGGACACCGUGUACCCAGUAGAUCCGGAGAUAUCUCUGAUCACGAACUGACCCAUCCGUUCCUAGCGCGAUCAUCUCCCCACCUUCGACAGACACACACCAUAACAAAUGUCAGAGGGCAUAGUCUGUCCCCCGGAGAAGCCCAAAAACCAGGGUACUCACCCUACCCCGAAGCAGAGCGUAAGCGGGACUCCCCAUCGGACAGGCCAAGGUCAAGGUCGCCGGGCAUGGUUUACCUCCAGGCAAGUCGUGGUCCAACUAGACCAACUUCAUUGGCUGAGCUUCAGAGCAGAGCUGCAGUCAUACCAGAGAUGGUAUUCCCUGAACCACAGCGUGCUGGUAUGUCUGAUGCUCAAAGGUCACACUCAAGAACACCUGAACCAAGACCAGAGUCUAGGGAGAGUAGAGUGAUAGUCCAUACAGACCGCAGGCCCGACUCUCGUGAGAGAGUAAUUCAGCAUGACCAGCGAGCGAAAUACCAAGAAUCUCGAGUGGAGAGCCAAGAAAGACAAACAAUGAGAGAUACACGGCCUCGGCACCCAGAUGAGCUGAGGCCUGAUAUCCGCCAUGACAUAAGGGUUGCCCAGGAAAGAAGAGAAGGAAGACCAGACAGCAAAGAUGCCACAAGGGUCAUGCAUCUGCACGAGCCACGAGCCGGAAUUGAACUUCUACAUGACGGUCACCGGCCACCACAAUCAGAACAAAGAGCAGAUUCAAGGGUAGAUCCUAGAAGAAUUCAUGGAUUUCCAGACUCAAGAUCAAGCAGGCCUGGAGAUUCACGGAUGGAGCCAGAUAUCCCAAGAUCAUCUGUACAAGUACUUCCCUACCCUGAGCCGCGUCCAGAUGCGUGGAUUGAAUACCGAACGCCAGACGGGCGUGUGUUCCCUGGGCUUAGGCCAGAGGUAAUUGCUGACAGUAGAAUAUCACCAUAUGAUGCAAGAGUUAAGAGUGUAGAACAGAGACCUGAUCCCCAGCCGCACAGGGAUCAAAGGAGGGAUGUUAUCAAAGGUAUAAGAGAGAGCGAGCAUAGGUUCACUGAUCCCCAGUCUUUCACCCACCAUGAUUCCAGGCAAGACCUACACCAAGGAGUUCCAGUGGCUGACUCAAGACAUAGAUCUGAACCGCAACAAGCGAACGAAGUGGAAAGGACAGAGAGACCGGUCAUCACACUGGAACAAGAACGAAGAGUAGAGAGGAUACCAGCAGUACCUAUUUCUGUACAGACCAAACCCAAGAAGAGCGUUUCUGAUGAUCCUAUGUUGAACCUGGCUACGUUAGUGGACGUCGCAGCUGCAGCAACAAAAGUAGAGGUAGCGAGAGAACGCCGUGAGGCUGAGGAGCGUGAGUUGCAGGAAAGAGUUGAGAGAGAUUCUCCUGUGAGAUGCACUGCUGUGACAAGCACUUCGCCUCGCUAUGGUAUCACCACAGGACUCGUACCAAAACCUCCCCCACUCAUGCCAAUCACAGGUACCAAAACCUCGCAGGAAGCGAGCCCAAAGCCACCAGCGGUGCUGUCCAUUACUGGCGGGACGGCUGGAAUGCCUCCCAAGAGCCCGCCAAAGCUUGUCUCACCACAGGAAUCCCAACCAUCUAGAACAAGUACCAGCCCUGAACGUCCUCCUCCUCUGGUUACACACACGAUUCCUUCAGUGAUAAGUUCACCUCAGUACUCAGCAAGCAAAGGUACCCUCGGGCCACCGCCUCUAAUACCUAGGGCUACUGCAUCGCCUGUUAUUCAGAGCACUCAGAUGUAUCUGAGUCAGGAAGAAAGUGAGCUACCAGCGCACAGAAAUGGCGGGAAAGAGCAUGCUGCGAAGAUUGAAUUGACGGAAACAAGUCAAGGUCAUGUUAACAAAAAACCAUUCGUUGAAGAGGACAAGAACCAACUCGGCUAUGGACAGUCUUCUCAGCAAAAUGUUGUGCGGAACAUUUUUGAGACUGUGACGUACCUCGGACCGUCCAAUUUUGUAAUGCCAGGAACUCAUCAAGGACAAAAGGAAUCUUCGCCACCCAGGAGCACGCAAACUUUGCAGGCAUCAGAAGGUAGAUCAGCAAGUGGCUACACCAAGAUCGGUGAACCUGCAGCCGUGAUCAGGCCUUGGCGUGCUAACCCUGCUGAUAAAGACACGACAUGCAAAGUCCCCACGGCACCUAAUCCAUCAUUUGCGGAGUACUUACUAGGCCCUACAGCUUCCCGUACUGAAGAAGUUUUAAGACAAGUCAAGGAGCAACAACAAUCUCUAAAGCGACCUCACGAAAUAAGCGUUCCGUCAGUAGCUGUGCCUUUCAAGAAACGUUCACGCCUGUCAACAGAUCCAAUAAAGGAUGAGAUCGAUGUUAGCAGUGUACCUGUUGCUGUGGCAGAGGCUAUGGACAGAGCACUUGUUAGACCAGAACAACCGGUCACAAUGAGACGAGAUGCGGCACACCAGGAGCUUGAAAGACACAUGCCUGAUUUUGAUGAUGAGCAACAACGACAAGACUUGCGAAGGCUUCAAGUGAGUAGAAGUAUGAAUAGGAGAGACGUGCAAAGUCAAGAUCGUCUUUUCCAGACUAGUAAUCUACCAGGUCGUGAUCGCGAAAUGAGUAAUAGUGACACCGAGUCUGCGGAGGAGACGGAAAAUCUCCAGGAAGAGAGUGGCGAUGAGUAUAUUAGCACUGCUAUGCCCGAGAGGCAGUUGCACCAAGUGGCAGUUGAAGAAAACCUCCCCCGCUUCCACCAUCGGCAUCCAGGGAAUUUGAACAGAGAACGCAACCUCGAGGUAGUGUCAAGUAGAGUGGAACAGAACAUUUGUAGCACAAGCGCGAAUAUCCCUCUUCAUUCAAGUUCUGUCACAAGCUCAGCAGCUUUCUGUUCUCCAAGCAACACAGACACGUCCAGAGUCGUCGGCAGAGUUUCUCAGGCCCCACAUAAUUCGAUAACAAGUCGCAUUAAUGAAUCAGAGGUAGCACCAAGCACUAGAAGACCAGAGAGGACUGCCAUUACAAGUAGUAGUUCGGAGCAACUACCGAGCUCUGGAGUAACGCAUCCAUCUGCCGAGGCACAGGGAGUGCUAGCCAGAUUAUCACAAGCGCUGGAUCAAGCGAGAGAGAUGCAACGCGCAGCACAAAGUCAACCAAGGGUCUCGGAAAUAUCGGCUGCCGUUCAAAACACCUACGAGGACAAUGUCAAUCAAGAUCAGGAAAUGCAAGCUGUUGAAGCAAAUCAGACAGAACAGAUGCAAGAUGAAAACAUAGGGUCACAAGCUGUAGGGAACAUCAUACCGGAUAGCUCACAGGGUAUCACAGCAGAUAUAGCCGAAGCUUCGGGGUCUGAAAACGAGGAGUCCAUUGAAAGGGCUGUGGCUGGGAUACCAGGGCGUGACACAAUGAGCUAUCAGCAAGACCAGGAAGUUGACACCAGUGAAGCACUGCAGCUCUUAUCACCUUCCGUCCAGGACGAACCUUCUCAGGUGAUAGAUUCUGAAAUGCUGCCUUCAGGGACCGAUACUGUGCUGUCCAGUCCUCAGCCUUCUGUCCCCUGCAGCGAUAUUCCCUUAGCAUCUAGCAGCAGCCUUCAGCCAGCACCCUCUAUAGCUGAUGCCCUCUCAUGUAUGACUUCCAGUCAGAGAGUUACUGCACAGUCCUCAAGUUCCACUACCAUGUCCCCACAGCCCUCUGUUCCAAAUGAGCACCCCGCCGUCCCAAGGAGGAACGUGUUAAGUCCUGAAUCCUCUGAUGAUGUCAUCCAGAUGCCUGAAUCAUCUGAAGUGAGAGCUGAUGCUUCCGAUCAUAGUUCUGUUCAAAGCCCUCAGCCUUCAGGCAGCCGUGUGAGCCAGCCUUUGAGCCCAUCAUGUCCGUCAACGAGUGAGCUAACCCAGCCACCUUCCUCAGCUGUUGAACCAACAGCUAGUCAAAGCAUGCAGCCCCAACCAUCAUUUGCGUCACUUUCAGUCCAAGGGUUUCAACACCAUGAGGCAGAGAUAGGACAGAGCGAAAAUGUUUCUGAGCCGUCCACAUCGUAUCAACCUGAGUCUGCAGUUUCCUCUCAUCAAGAGGAACUAGAAGGUGCAUCGGUGGAGCGGUUCAGGUCUCUUGAUAUUGCCUCUCCCUCACCUUCUGAUGUAGCUGCCGCUAUGGACCAACCCCAGACCCACUCCCCGGAGAGCAGUGCCAAGGCUGCCGACUCAAGUGAUAGCAAUAUCCCACAGCCCAUGGAGGGAGUGCUGGAGAGCAGCAGAGAAGCUGUUGAGAGCAGUGACAUGAGAGACAAGGGCCAAUAUAGUUCAGUGUCGCAAUCACAAGAGCCUAACAGCAAUGUGUCUACCUCGCAAGCAGACUCCAGGGUCACCCCAGUCCCUUCCACUAGUAUAGAGGAGCCGGACUCGCAUGAUGAGCAGAUAACCGAUGACGACCAUGCAGUAUCAGCACAUAUUAACAUUGAAGAUGACGAUGAGGACUCUUUUAUUCCUGACACGGGUGAUGUGGUAUCACCCUCUCAAGAUCACGAGAUGGCAGAUAGCACAGACAGCGAGCACGAGCAACAGCCUGUCUUCCCCACCUUUGUCGGCGAGUUCAUCCCUUCCAGCUCUGACAGAAGAGAUCCUGUCACCUCAACCUGCAGGCAUUCAGCUACAAGUUCACCCAGGGAGUCCAUCUUCAGCACCCGCGAGGCCGAACCCAUGCAAGCCUCAGAGGGCAGGGACGAAGUUGUCAACGAGAUGGAAGAAGAAAAUGGUAAUAGGGUGUCUGAAGAAACGGUGGAGAGUUCGAUCAGACUUGAGAACUUCGAGAAUCAGCUGGGUACGCGCGAUGAAGGAAGCAGUCAAGACGAGGAAUCGGUAUCUCCAGCACAAGCAGAAUCUGACAGCCUGGUGGUAGAUUCCUCCAGGGAUGAAGUUCAAAGGAAAGGAUCUGACUCCUCAACAAGUGAAGAAGCCAGGGUGGACUCGGACAGUGAAGCAGUCGAAACAGUCAGUUACGCUGAUAGGCAGGUCAGUUCCCACUCGACAGUUAUCGAAAUGGUCAGUGAAGACUUAAAACUGUCAUCGCUAAGCCAACCUGGUAGAGCAGACUUGUCCACAUGCGAAAAACCUCAAACAGUAUUUGAUUCGUUCACGGGUGAAGUAGGCAAGAGAACUUCUGACACGUCAACGAGAGAAUCAUUUAGGGUGGACUUUGCGUCUAGUGACAUGGUCAAGGCUUCCUCAGAGUCGGCUGUUAAUACUAGUGAGGCAGCUUGCGAAUUCUCGUCGAGGAGUCAAGCUUUGAAAAUAGCCUCGGACUCGUCAACUAGUGAACCAGCUAGGGUAGUGUCUGGCACCUCAAUCUAUGAGGCGGAAAAGACGGAUUCCGACCCUUUGACGAGUGAAACAGCUACAGCAGGCUUUAACAUGAGUGACGUAGAAAAGAGAGGUUCGUCAACGAGUGAAGAAUCUAGGUAUAGCUCUAAAUCGCCAGUGAGUGAGGCAGUCAGCUCUGCACGCCAAUCAACAGACGAUAGAUCUGAUGGAGAAAUCGUCUCUGACGAAGAAGACGUCACAGAGACGGGCCAGCACUCCCGUCCGUCCUCCCCUCACUUGGCGACAUCUACCGAUAUCCCACUACCACUGAUAUUCCCCAUCUCUCCGCCCUCGCCAGAGUCACCUAACCAGGAGUCCGAAGAUGAUUCCGUGUCACCUGCACCCCCCUGGCCGACAUCGCAUUCCUUGAACACUAUGGGCUCGUCCAUCUUCUCGCACACCCUCCAGGGCUCCUCCUCCCCGUCCCAGUACUCCACCCUAUCGCUAUCUCGCCUCGCCAACCAGCGAAACACAGCCUACCCAUUCUCCGCGCUGUCACUGAGCAUUGGGUCGGCUUCGAGCAGCGCGCGCUCGUCACCAGUCCACUUCAACCUGGGAAGAGCCCAGUCCCCAAGCAGCUCUUCGUUACUGCCUCGAUCUCACGAACCGGUGCCGAUUUUGUCGGACAAUUACGAGCCUUUGAGUGACGACGAUGAAGACGAAACGAAUAAUUAACUAUGCGAGUCGAGGGAGGUCGAAAUUCUUCGUUUUAAGAGUCAUGAGAUGUCCUUAGUGCAUGUGAUAUCCUAGCCAGGAUAUACUCGGAAAACCCCCAGUUUAACUGGGAAACAUUGACUUGGGGGCAACCUACUAAAAGCGUAUUUUCGGAAGUUCGGUUAUAAAAGACGUGAUUGCCAUAACGAGGUUCACAGUGUAAGAAACUAGAUGCAAGGAAGGGGGCUCGAACGCUAGUACUGCUUUUGUCUUGCCUUUGGGACCCAUAAUUCGUGUAAUUAUUGGUACAGUCUUUUAGAAGGGUCUUUCAAGUUGUAACUCGAAAUGCUCAAUUGGAUACACACAAGAUAUAAAUCACAUGAAUAUCAAAUCCACUUAAACUGUACUUACAGUAGGCCGCGCGUUACCAUGGUAACCUUGUGAAGUAAGCAAAAAAGAAAUGAGGACAGUCAUGUAUCGUGUGAUCCAAACUUUAGCCGGACACCACUCUAGUGAAAACGUUAGUCGCAAACCCUCGCUCUUAGUUGGUUAAAGUCUCGUUUAGUUAUUGUUUAAAGUGUACAUAAUUCGUGGUUCCUUGUUUGUAAAUAGGCAUACAUGCAUGUAUGAAAGAUAAAAACUGAGUAAAUUUGCUGUGUGAAAGUG